AUGUCUCCCGUCAACAUUCCCGCAUUCAACAACCUAACCCUUGACCCUUCAGGCCCAAAAGGCAACGCCUGGGGCCUCUUCGGCAAGGAGAACCAUCUAGGCAUACUCAACCUCCUCACCCCAGAAGUAGUAAAGCAAAGCGCAUCCGAAGAAAUCAGAGAAGGGGCCCGUUUCGCGCUGGACUGGAAGCUCAAUGCCCUACACAAACCGGCUUUUGGCAGGCAGUCGUUUGAGGAAAAGAUUCACCAUAAAGCGCCAAGGGUGGUGAAUGACGAUAUAUUAGUAUUUAAUACGCAGUGUAGUACGCAGUGGGAUGGGUUUAGACACUACGCGAAUCAGGCGCAUAAGCUCUUUUAUAAUGGAACUUCGCAAGAGACCAUCGAAACGACCGAUAUUCUCGGUAUUGACUCAUGGGUCGACAACGGCGGUGUUGUUGGUCGUGGCGUCUUGGUCGACAUUGCAUCCUACGCCGAAAAGAACAACCUCACCUUCCCUGCCUUCCAGAGCACAGUCAUCCCUCUCGACCUCAUCAAGAAGAUAUCCGAAGAGCAAAAAGUCUCCUUUCGACUAGGUGACAUUCUUUUCACUCGUGUAGGAUUCACCAAGGCCUACGAACAACUUUCCUUCGAGGAAGGCAUUGCCCUCGGCCAACGACCCGUGUCACGAUUUGCGGGCAUUGAAUCUAGCGAAGCAACACUUCGAUGGCUUUGGGAGAAUCAGUUCGCUGCGGUGGCUAGUGACGCAGUCGCAGUUGAAUCUUCUCCUGUAGAUGGCCCCCAGAUACCUCCAGAGUGGUCAUUGCAUCAGUGGUGUUUAGCUGGAUGGGGAUUACCCUUGGGUGAAAUGUUUUAUCUGGAAAAGCUUGCCAGUCAUUGUGCGGAGAAGAAGAGGUGGACGUUUUUCUUUUCGAGCGUGCCAUUAAAUGUUCCUGGAGGCGUGGCUAGUCCGCCGAAUGCUGUUGCAAUAAUGUAA